ACCCCCCGUUGAGGCACCGCGACUCAGUAGUAUCUGGCAAAGCCCCAUUGUGUGGCAGAUCUAAAAGAAUGCACUUGGUCGACAAGGCUACAUACUCUCCAGUUUGUGCGCUAGGCUCUCAUUUUUAUAUAUCCAGCAGGGCCUGACUUGUCGUCGUCGUCGUCGUCGUCGUCGUUGAUUCUUGCUGUUCGCCUCGCCCCCAGUCACUGUCAAGCGCAUUUCUCUUUUGUCAUUCUCUUCGCAUCGACAAACACACAAGCCAUGCCUGUCUCGAUAGACCAGCCCGAGUUCCUGCACGAGGUAUGGGCCCUCUUUGGCGUGGGUUGUCUGAUCCUGCUGGGACGCUUCGUGGUGCGCCUGCGUGCCGUGGGCAUCAAGGGCCUCCAGGGCGAUGACUUCUUUUCCAUGCUCGUCUGGAUCUUCUACGCCAUGGACGCGUCGACGGUGCACUUAAUUUACUUCCUGGGCACGAACGUGGAGGCGGGCGUUGCGGCGGAAAAGGGGCCCCUCUCGGACAAGGACAUUCGAGACUACGAACUGGGGUCCAAGCUGCAGCUCAUCGCCUGGUACUCAUACACGGCCCUGCUGUGGUCGCUCAAGGGCACCAUGCUGUGCUUCUUCUCGCGGUUGACCAUUGGCACAUGGCACAACACCUUUGUCAAGACGGCCUCGUGGCUGUGUGCCCUUGCGUACAUUGCCGUCUUCCUGACCAUCACCUUUGGCUGCUUUCCCACGCACGACAACUGGCAAGUCCUCCCGGAUCCCGGGGCCAAGUGCACCUUUAAGCUGCAGAACUUUAUCGUCACCACCGUUCUGAACGUCAUGACCGACGGUAUGAUCUUCUGUAUCCCUCUGCCCCUGUUGUGGACACUGCAGGUGCCCCUGAAGAAGAAGCUCGUCAUCGGCCUCCUCCUCUCGUCCGGCGCCUUUGUCAUUGCCGCCGCCAUCAUCCGCGUCGUCCUAACCACCUCGGCCAACCCCUCAUCCGUCAGCAUCAACAGCUGGGGCGUCCGCGAGACCAUUGUCGGCAUCCUGACCGUCAACAUCCCUAUCCUCCGCCCCAUUGCCAGCCGCGAGUUCUGGUCCCGCAAGACCAGCAAGCUACCCAGCAGUCACGGCGGCGCCGGUGCCUCCCACGGCACCGGCACCAAGCCGAGCAACAUCACAGGCUCCUACGAGCUCGCCAGCAGCAUCGACAAGGGCAACCGCUUCGGCCGCAAGAGGCAGGACUCGGACUCGAAUGGUAGUCAGGAGAGCAUUAUUGGGAAUAUGAAGACCGGCGGCGGCAGUGAUCCCAACGCUGUGACCGUGCAGACGACCUACCAGGUCUCGAGCGACCAGGAGGUAGGCGGCGACUCGUGGCAUCAUGGCCGGGGCGGACUCACGCAGACGUCGGUGCUUGGAGGCAAGGCUCCAAAGUUGUAGUAGGUACGAUGAAGAGGGCAGGACAGCUCUGCUUCGCCGGUACAACAGGACAGCAUGGACAUUGCGGCUUGGAGAUGUCGAGACAUUGCAUGGUGUGAACAGCAUACGACCAAGGACAUGGCGAUUGAUUCUUAUCUAUAAUCAUUCAUGGCGUGAAUCGACGCCCACGAUACCCUAUAUACGAUAAUUUGUUACUUUUGAUCAACGGGAGCCUGUGGUGGCUGUCGACAUGGUGUAAAAGGGCAUCUCUUGUGGCAGCAGCAUCCAUUCUGCAGGUACUAACUGGAAUUCGGAAACCCAGAUUGAUGAAACAAGCGCCAAGCACGCCGAGACUCACUGUCAUCAUCUUCCUUCGACAU